CUUCUCACUGCAUUCAAUUUGGCUUUAAUUCUCAGUAGAAAUCAACCGAUCAUUUUGCUAUCUGUCGCUCUGCAUACUCCGAUUGCUGUUCAACUGCUAAAGUAGUAAUCAGCUGAUCAUAUUGCUCCAUCUGUCUCUCUCUUUACAUGCUUUGAUAAUGCUAAAGCAAAUGGAGUUUGCAAAGUUAGUGGUGGAUCCCAUUGUAUCCAAAGUUUUCGAACUGUUGGUUAAUCCUGUUGUGCGUCAGAUCAAAUAUGUAUUCAACUACAGUGCCAACAUCCACAAUCUCGAAGAAGAAGUUGAAAAGCUCAGUCAUGCUAAACAAAGGGUUGAACACGAUGUGAAGAUGGCUAGGCGGAAUCCACUAGAACAAAUUGAACCUGAUGUUCAGCAGUGGUUGGCUAAGGUGGAUAGUGUCGCUGAAGAUGCAGAUAAAAUUCUUCUUCAACAUAAAGAUGGAGGAAAAAGGAGGUGCUUCAUGGGAUUGUGUCCAAAUUUGAUCAGGCACCACCAGAUUAGUAGAAAAGCCAGUAAAGAAAUACCAAUCAUUGUUGGAGCCCGAGAAGGGGGAAAUUUUCCCAGAGUUUCCUACCGUGCUCCACCACAGGGCAUAGGGGCAGUCAAAGAGUGUGAAGCCUUUGAAUCAAGAACCUCUGUUGUAGAUGAAAUCUUGAAUGCUUUAAAAGAUACUGACGUCAAUCUCAUUGGAGUGUACGGAAUGGGAGGCGUGGGUAAAACCACACUUGUGAAACACAUUGCCACUCUGGUCAGCGAACUCGGAAUCUUCAAAUUGGUGGUUAUAGCAACUGUCACCCACAGUGUGGUUUUGACAAGUGUUCAGCAAGAAAUUGCAGAAUGGCUAGACUUCAAACUUGGUGCGGAGUCGAUUGCAGUACGAGCAGCUCGAUUGAGUGAGCGAAUCAAAAAAGAAGAGAAAAUUCUAAUAAUUCUUGAUGAUAUAUGGGCAGCAAUCAAACUAGAUGAGAUAGGAAUUCCUUAUGGCACUGAUCAUAAUGGAAGCAAGAUACUUAUGACGUCCAGAAAUCGAUCUGUAUUGUCGGAAAUGGGUGUACAGAGAGAUUUCAGGCUUGAAGUUUUAGAGCAUCAAGAGGCAUGGAGUCUAUUUGAGAAGAAGGUGGGAGAUCUUAAAGAUUCCAACUUACCGACCUAUAGCUGUGGAAAUAGCAAAGAGAUGUGCAGGCUUGCCCAUUUUAAUUAUAGCAGUAGCGACUGCGUUGAAAAUAAGCAGGCAUUUGAAUGGAAUGAUGCGUUGGAAAAGCUUAAAAUAUUUGAUGGCAGGGGACAUGAAAAGAGAGUUUACUCAGCCCUAGAGUUGAGUUACAACUUUUUGAGAGAUGAGGAGAAGUCUUUGUUCCGACUCUUGGGACAACUCAAAGCUAAUGUGGGCAUCCGAGACUUGUUGAAAUAUGUAGUGGGGUUUGGCUUAUUUAAUCAACUCAUCACACUAAAAGCAACAAGAAAUAGACUACUUACAGUAGUAAGUGAUCUAAAGCUGUCUUGUUUGUUACUUGAAGAUGGGGGCCAUGAGCGAGUCAAAAUGCAUGAUGUGGUUCACAGCUUUGCAGCCUCAUUUGUGUCCAAGCACGAUCAAGUGCUCACUGCAGCAUAUAAAGCUGAAUUGGAAGAAUGGCCGAACAAGGACUUCUUUAAGCAGUGCACAUCAAUCUCUUUGCCAUAUUGCAAAAUCCCUAAGCUCCCUGAAGUAUUUGAAUGCCCAAAACUGAAAUCAUUUUUGUUGUUCAAUCAAGAUCCCUCACUUAAAAUCUCAGGGAAUUUAUUCAGUAAAAUGAAAGAACUCAAAGUCUUGGAUUUGACGAAAAUAAAUUUGUCACCACUGCCUUCGUCACUUCAAUCUCUUGAGAACCUCCAAACAUUAUGUUUGGAUUUCUGUGAUUUGGAAGACAUAGCUGCAAUUGGAGAGCUAAAACAGCUGCAAGUUCUUAGCUUGGUUGGAUCUACAAUUGUUCGAUUGCCGAAUGAAGUAAGAAAAUUGACUUGUUUGCGACUUUUGGAUUUGAGUAGAUGUCAAAGACUUAAAGUGAUUCCGCCAAAUGUCCUAUCAACACUAGCCCAAUUGGAGGAAUUAUACUUGGGGGGAAGCCUUGUGCAAUGGGAGGGUGAAGGGCAUGAUGAAGGAAGCAACAACGCUAACCUGUCUGAAUUGAAGCUUUUGUCAAAAUUGUCCACUCUAGAGAUACAUAUCAUAGAUGCAAAUAUCAUGCCUAAAGAUAUAUUUUCUGAAAAAUUGGAAAGUUUUAGAGUAUUCAUUGGAGAUGGGUGGGAUUGGGCUAAUAAUGAGUAUGAGACCUCAAGAUCAUUGAAACUCAAGCUGAAUAGAAGCGCCUUGUUGGAGAGAGUAAAAGUGUUGCUGAUGAAAAUCGAAAAUCUAUAUUUGGACGACUUGAAGGGCGUGAGAAGUGUUCUCUAUGAAUUAGAUGAUCAAGGCUUUCCUGAGUUAAAGCAUCUUCAUGUUCAAAAUAGCCUUGAUAUUCAAUAUAUCAUAGACCGGUUGAAAAUGAACCAUUUCACUGCUUUUCCCAAGUUGGAGUCAUUAUUUCUUCACAAUCUGAAUAAUUUGGAGAAGAUUUAUCGAGGGCCUUAUACAGUGGGAUCUUUUAGCCAUUUGAGAAAAUUAAAGGUAGAAAAUUGUAAUGCAUUGAGGAGUCUCUUCUCAUUUUCUAUGUUUAAUGUUCUUAAGAAGCUAGAAGAAGUAAAUGUGAAUAAUUGCAAAAUUAUACAAGUGAUAGUAGCUAAGGAAGGUGAAGAUGAUGAAGAAUGUGAGUUGACGCAAUUACGAUCCUUAACGUUGGAAAAUCUACCCCAAUUUACAAGCUUUUGUUCCCAAGUGAAGGUGCAUUCUACAUCCCAAAGAGCACGAAAUCAAGAAAUAGCUACUACGGCCUCCAAUGAAAUUGUAUGUGAAGCUGAUGCGGAAGUUCUGGUGGCACUUUUCAACAACAAGAUUCGAUUUCCUAAUUUGGCAGACAUGAAGUUCGUUGGAAUUAAUGUGGAAAUGAUAUGGCCUUGUCAACAUAAAGCAUUGUCUCCAAGUAUUGAAAAUUUAACAACAUUGAUUGUAGAUGGGUGUGGGAAUUUGAACUUUCUAUUCACAUCUUCUAUUGUUGGAAGUCUUGCACAGCUUAAAGUGCUUGAGAUAUGUGACUGCAAAUCUAUGGAAGAAGUAAUACUUGCAGCAGGAGAAGGGAAAGCGAUGAACAAAAUAUUAUUACCUAAAUUAGACUCUCUAAAGCUCAAAGGUCUUCCCAAGCUUGUAAGGUUCUGCACAGCUAAGUUAAUUGAAUGUCCCUCCUUGAAAGUGUUGAAGCUGGGGAAUUGUCCUCGUUUGCAAGCAUUUGUCUCCACACAAGUGAACACAGCUCUCUUCGAUGAAAAGGUUUGGUUUCCUAAUUUGGAGGAAUUGCAUGUUGAGGACAUGCAUAUGUUGAAGAUGAUAUGGUGUGAUGAAGUCCUAGCAGAUUCCUUUGGUAGAUUAAAAGUGCUAAAGGUGCUAAAUGGAAAACAGCUUCUGGAAAUCUUUCCGUCUAAAUUGUUGGAAAAGUUCUUGGUGAAUCUAGAAUCAUUAACUGUACAACAUUGUGAUUCAGUGAAAGAGGUGUUUGAUCUCCAAGCAAUAGUAAAAGAAAGAGAAGCACAUGUUGUACCGCACAGUCAAUUGAAAACUUUGGAAAUUUGGAAUCUUCCCAACUUAAUUCAAAUAUGGAAUAGGGAUCCUCAUGGGAUUCUCUCCUUUUAUAACCUACGUGAAGUGUGUGCUUGGUAUUGUCCAAAUUUGAAAAAACUCUUCCCAUUUUCAGUAGCUCAAUGUCUACCGCAUCUUGAAUUUCUAAGCAUAGGUGAUUGUGGAAUGGAGGAAAUCGUUAAUAAGGAGGAAAGAGCAGAGGCACUUGCUAUUAUUCCCAAGUUCGCAUUUCGUGGGCUAAAGGAAAUGGUCCUUUGGGAAUCAGAUGAAUUGAAGUAUUUUUACUCAGGAAAGCACAUUCUAGAAUGUCCACAACUAAAAAAGUUAAAUGUGCUUUCGUGCGCAAAGCUGCAAACUUUCAAUUUUAAAUCUCAAGAAAUACAAGAAAUGCUCAUGGAUAAGCAAGAGGACGAACUGAAACUUCAAAUUCCACAACCACUUUUCUCAUUUAGAGAGAUUAUUGGCCAUUUGGAGGAAUUAGUAAUAAAUAACCAGGACGCUGCAAUGAUACAACGAAGCCAAUUUCCAAUGGAUCUCUUUGUCAAAGUAAAAUUUCUUGAGCUGCAAACCUUUGGUUAUUCUUUCUUGAAUUUGCCACUUAAUCUUCUUCAGAAGUUUCCAAAUUUGGAAACCCUUGUUUUGACGGCUUGUUAUUUCAAAGAAUUACUGCAACAUGGUCAUGGUCAUGAUCCAGUUCUAUCACAGAUCCGAUGCUUAGAGCUGAUUACGCUUCCUAAUAUUAGACAUGUAUGGAAUCAAGAUGCUCCAUUUUUUCAGAAUCUUGAAACUCUUAAAAUAUGGGAUUGCGAUGGUUUGACUAAUCUGGCACCAUCCUCUGCAACUUUCCAAAAUCUUACGACUCUGAGUGUGAGGAGCUGUAAUGGAUUGUCAAGCUUAUUAUCUUCUUCUACUGCUGAAAGUAUGCACAAUCUCGCCACAAUGAUUAUAGAAGAAAGCGAUACGAUUGAAGAAAUUGUGUCAAGCGACAAAAAUAAUUUCCAAUUCCAAAAUGAGAUUAUUUUUUGGAAAUUAACAACUUUGAGACUUCGCUGCUUAAAAAGCCUCGAAACUUUCUGCUCAUCCGCACGUUGCACAUUAAAAUUUCCAGCUUUGGAAGUUGUAGAUCUCUCACAGUGCCCUAAAAUGAAGGUUUUUUCUCAAGGAUCUAUAAGCACACCAAGGCUACAGAGAGUAAAUUUGACAGAAGAAAGAGAUAAGUGGCGUUGGGUUGGGGAUCUUAAUUCCACUAUAAAACAAUUGUAUGCAGAUAAGGUUGGAUUCAGUGGCCUACAACAUUUGAAACUCUCUGAAUUUUCUCAACUAAAAGAGGCAUGGAAAACCCAACUUCCAGUCAAUUUCUUUUACAAUUUAAGUUCCUUGGAAGUAGACGAGGUUGCAUUUUCCUCCGUUGUUGUUCCAUCCAAUCUACUGCCAAUUCUAAAUGAUUUGGAAAAGCUUGAGGUCAGAAAUUGUGAUUCAGUGGAACAAGUAUUUGGCCUAGAAUGGCCAAACUUUGAUGGACCAUUUGGGAAUUUGUUCAAGUUGAGCGAGUUAAAAUUGAUAAAUCUUCCAAUGUUGAGCCUUGUGUGGAUUGAGAUUCCCAAAGGAAUUUUAGAUCUCAGAAACCUUAAACUGCUUAAAAUCUACAAUUGUAGCAGUUUGAGAUAUAUAUUUACUCCUACCAUCUGCUGUGGCCUUGAGCAACUCCAAGUGCUUGAAGUGAAAAGUUGUGCUAUGGUUGAAGAAAUCAUCACAGAAGAAUCUAUGGAUGAUAUUAGAUUUCCUCAACUAAACUCCAUUAUUCUUGAAUCCUUGCCCAGAUUAAUCAAUUUCAGUUCCGGCAGUGGUACUGUGCAUUGUCCAUCUCUGAAAGAGAUUGCUGUAGUUGAUUGCCCAACCACAUUCACUUGUUCAUUCUUUAGGGAAGCAGAUGCAGCAAUUGAUAAAAUUGUUGAGCGAAAGGUAUUUUUUCCUAAUCUGAAGGACCUGAAACUGUCAUCAAUUGAUGUUGAGAUGAUGUGGCAUGCUCAACACUUGAAGAUGUCCUCAUAUACUGAGAAUUUAACAAGCCUGACUGUGGAUGGCUGUGGGAAUCUAAAAUAUCUAUUAUCAUCAUCAAGUAUUGUGCAUCUGAAGAGACUUGAGGUAUGCAAUUGUAAGAUGAUGGAGCAAGUGAUACUCAGGGAGGGAUUGGAUGAAGAAAUCAUGUCACUCCAUCAACUAGAGUCCCUGAAGCUCAAAGAUCUGCCAAAACUCACCCGAUUCUGCACAACUAAUUUAGUUGAAUGCUCUGCCUUAAAAGAGAUUUGCAUACAAAACUGCUCUCAAAUGAGGACAUUUGUUUCCAAUUCUCCAACUUCAAAUAAUGAACUUGAAAUUAUAAACUCUGCUCUAUUUGAUGAAAAGGUUGCAUUCCCAAACUUGGAGAAAAUGCGGAUUCUUAACAUGGAUUAUUUGAACAUGCUAUGGCAUAAUCAACUCCAUUCAGAUUCUUUUUGCAAAAUAAAAGCAUUAAUGGUAGAGCACUGUGAAGAACUACUUAAAAUCUUUCCAUCCAUGUUGCUGAGGCGCCUCCAGAUUCUUGAGGAUUUGAUCAUAGGCAAUUGUGAUUCACUGGAAGAGGUAUUUGAUCUACAAGAGAUAAUAAAAUUGAAAGAAACAGUGACCAUUCAGUUGAAAACUCUGAACAUAAGAAACCUCCCUAAUUUGAAGCAUGUAUGGAAUAAGGAUCCUACGGAACUUGUCUUGUUUGAUAACCUAAGUUCAGUGGUGGUUUGUGAUUGUCCAAAUCUAAAAGCUAUUUUCCCAGCUACGAUAGCUAAAAAUCUGCUGCAGCUAGAGACACUAGAUGUCGAAAGUUGUGGUGGGGUGGAGGAAAUUGUUGCUCAGGACCAAGGAACAGAAGCAAGUAUAGAGUUUCUUUUUCCUUGCUUAAAGUUGUUGAUUCUUGGGGAAUUAAAUGAACUCAAGUGCUUCUACUCAGGAAUACACACUUUGGAAUCUCCAUUACUGAAGCAUUUAACUGUGUAUCACUGUGAGAAAUUAAAUAACUUUAGCCCUGAAUCUGAGAACUUGCUAGAGACAGAUAGGGAGAGCCAAGCUAUGAUUCAGGAUCCACAACCUCUUUUCUCGUUUAGAAAGGUUGUCUCCAACUUGGAGAAGUUAACUCUAACAAGAAAGGAUGCGGCAAUGAUAUUGGAAGGCCAGUUUCCAGCUGAUCUCUUUCACAAACUCACAACCAUUGGGAUACAUUGCUUUCAUGAUGAAUCUGCAGUUUUUCCAUUUGAUCUCCUUGAAAGAUUUCAGCUUAUGGAAAGUCUUGUAGUGGGUUGUAGUCAAUUCAAGGAGCUGUUCCCAUGUGAUGGCUCUGUUGGUAGGAAAAAAUAUGUUGAGGUUCUUAGACUGAUAGGGAGACUUACGUUGAAUAACCUUCCUGAUUUGACGGAUAUAUGGAACCAAGACUCCGAGCUAGACCAAGUUCUACAGUCUCUUGAACUUCUUCAUGUUGAGAGGUGUAACAGUCUGGUUACUUUAGCACCAUCCUCUACUUUCCAAAAUCUAAUCACGUUAGAAGUGUUGAAAUGCAAUGGAUUACUUAGUCUGGUAACAUCUUCCACAGCAAAAAGUCUGGUGCGACUCACAACAAUGAGUAUAAAAGAAUGUGAUGGAUUGAAAGAGAUAGUUGCAAAUGAUGGAGAUGAAAUUGAAUUGAAAGAGGAUAUUAUCUUUAGCAAAUUGGAAAGUUUGGAACUUCAUUAUUUGCCGAGCCUCGUUUGCUUUUGUUCAUCAGAACACAGCUUCAAAUUCCCCUCUUUGAAAAAUGUAACUGUGAUGCAAUGCCCCAAGCUGCAGGUUUUCUCAAAAGGAGUCUUAAGCACAAGCAGCCUGCUGGGUGUACAAAAAGAUGACCAAUGGCAUUGGAAUGGCAAUCUCAAUGCUGCUAUACAACAAUUGUUUGCAGGAAUGAUGAUGUACAGAAUGCUAGAGAAUAUUGAAUUAUCGGCGCAAAUGUGAUGUCAAACACAAAAGUCAUAUCAAAGGUAGAUUAUGAAAGGGCUUCUUUAUUCAUAAUGGAAGCAUUUAUGCAAGAUAUUGUUUUUUUUUUUUUUUUUUUUUUUUGAGAUUUUAAAAUGGUAUAAGAACCAUUUUGCCCUCAUAUUACUAUUGCUAAAAGCGUUCUAUAUUUGUUUUUUCGGAAUUAUAACUGAAACAAACUCCACUAAUGUCAUGUCUUAGGUUAAUGUGAGCUUGGUACUAUUGCAAACAACCUGGCUAAAAUCAUGGAUUAUGGUUUUUGUCUACCAUUGGAUUCUUAUUGAAUUAUGAUUACUUCUGCUUUGGUCUUUGUUUUGUAUAUUCCUAUUGGUUUGUGUUUACUUUAUAUUCCUAGAACAUGUAUAUUGGACGGUGUGAUACCGAGUGCUUAAUGGACAAUGUAUGUUAAGUUUUUUGCU